AUGUUUCUGCAUAGCUCUGAACAAGAACAAGCAGAGCAUGGUGCGGUCGAAAGUACAACGACUGCACCUCACUCUUCGUAUACGACAUUUGGUAGGACGCAAUCCAAGUUUAUCCUUUGUCUCGCAUCACUUGCCGCGACCUUUUCCCCUCUUUCUUCAUUCAUCUUCUUCCCAGCAAUAGAUGAUAUAUCACAGAGCCUGCAUGUUUCGGUGGCACGCGUUAACCUAACUAUCACAUCCUACAUGAUAGUGGCUGGCCUAGCCCCAGCCAUUCUCGGAGAUCUCGCUGAUAAGGUUGGACGCCGGAUUGUCUACAUCUUCAUGAUGACGACUUACUGUACGGCGAAUAUUGGGUUGGCACUUCAGAGUGACUGGUCAGCUCUAUUUGUCCUUAGAAUGUUACAGAGUGCUGGAAGCGCUGCUACAAUUGCACUCGGAUAUGGUAUUGUAUCCGACAUUGCUCCUCCAUCUGAACGUGGCUCCUUUGUUUCUAUUAUGGUGUUGGGUCCUAACAUUGCGACGGCAGUUGGCCCAAUCAUAGGGGCUGCGCUUUCUAGCUAUCUGAGCUGGCGUUGGAUUUUCUUGUUCCUCGCCAUUCUCUCUGGAACCUGUCUUCUAAUGUUAACUAUGUUCCUACCAGAGACAGCUCGAUCAAUUGUCGGUGAUGGCUCUGGUCGAGUCUCUGGUCUACGACGAACUGUCUUGUCAUAUCUCCAAAAUUCAAUACGAUCAUUUUCCAAUGAAAAAAGCGAAGGAUACAGAAACGAACCCAUUGCCUCGAACGAAGAGUCCACUGGUAGCAUCCUCAGGUCACUAAAUCCAUUAGAUAGCUUGAAGCUGCUAUGGGCUAAGGACACUGUGUUGAUCACCUUGAUAUUCGGGAUCUUCUAUAUGAACCUGAGCGCUCUACAGGCCUCCACGUCGACGCUGUUCAUCAGUGUGUAUGGUGUAUCGGGGCUACAAUUGGGUUUGAUAUACCUUCCAUCCGGAAUAGGAUCUUGUCUAGGGGCAUAUGGCGCCGGUCGUCUUUUGGAUCAUGACUAUCGUGUAAUAGCGAGGAAGCAUGAUAUCCACAUCGAUGUCAGGGCCGGUGAUGAUCUUGACAGCUUCCCGAUAGAAAAAGCCAGGUUUCGGAGCACCUGGUAUCUUAUCGGCGUUGGGACUAUUUCUUUGAUCGGCUAUGGCUGGUCAAUGCAUUUUCAAGUACACAUGGCAGUUCCUUUGGUGCUUCACUUUCUUAUAGGAUUCUCUACCGCUAUUAUUUUCAACAUGAGUGGGACACUACUGGUAGAUAUUCACCCAAAGUCACCAUCGUCAGCGCAAGCAGCAAAUAGCAUUGUGCGAGCAUUUCUCGCUGGUGGGAGCACUGCUCUUGUUCAGAUAUUUAUAGAUGCUAUGGGUGUCGGAUGGACCUUUACCAUAUUUGGCAUGGCGGGCUUAGGGUGUGUUCUAGCUGCUUGGCUGGAAUGGAGCUGUGGUCAGGACUGGAGAGCAAGGAUGAGAGCAAAUGGUGUCGAGCGAUAA